GGUACGCAGCUCGUUGACUGUACGGAUGUUGGAUGUGGCAUUCAUUGCUCGUGUUACGGACAGAUUUGUGAUAAUACAGUGUGUGAAAAGUGAAGUGACGUUCUUAGUAAAUCGUCUACGAAUCGUGUACACAUCGCCGUCAGCAACCUAGUUAUUAAUACGGAGCUAGCUGUCUGUAUAUAACAGGCAUCCGGUGGGAGACAGACACAGGGGGAGCCUAGAGCGCUCCUUUUAUACGGCUUCAAAGGCUGAGUCGAUUCGAAGAAAGGGAGAUGAGUACGGACUUGUCUCCUUUGUCUGCCGACAACAUCCCACCGUCUCCGACGCUGGCCGCAGGCGAGGACACAGUCUGCGACUUGGGCAGCGUGAGGUUCGGAACCGACAAAGUCGUCUGCAGCUGGACCAUCUUGGACUACAACAAUUGGCCUCAAGGGGUGGACGAAGUGAAGUCACCCAAGUUCUGGCACUGCAGUUCCAGCGAGUGGUGUAUGGUGCUGUCGAAAGAGAGAGGCGCCUGGUACCUCUGCUUCCAGCUGCUGUCUUCUCAGAAAGACGCUACCGUGCGAGCGAGGCUAAAAGCGUCGCUAGUUUCGAGCAGGGGUAAAAAGUACGAGGUUUACCCGUCGGAAUUCGUCUGUCUCGAUGCCCCGAAGAAGACGGUGUGGAGGUGCGUGAGUGGUUGCUUCGAAGCGGAGAACGGCUUCAAUAACGUGCUGAAGUUCCUGGGAGAGGUGAGCACGCCGUGCGUGAUAACAGAGCCGUACCGCAGCGUUGCCCUGCAGAGGCCUCGGCGCAGCGUCACAGACGACCUGGCAGCGCUGCUGGAGUCGGGCCAGCUGUCUGACGUGAAGCUGUGGGCGGGUGACGCCGAGUUCCAAGCGCACAGGGCCGUGCUGUGCGCGCGCAGCCCCGUCUUCUCCGCCAUGCUGCGGCAUGACACCCAGGAGGCCCGCACGGGCAGCGUCCACGUCAAGGAUGUCGAGGCGGACGUCCUGAGUGAGGUCCUGCGGUUCAUCUACACCGACAGCACCCCUCUCCUGGAGAAGAUGGCUGACAGGCUGCUGGUGGCGGCUGAUAAAUACGAUUUGCCCCAACUGAAGGAACUCUGCGAGGUGGAGUUGGCCAAGAACCUCACCGUGGACAACGCUGCCGCUACCGCUGUCAUCGCCUUGAGCCACUCUUGCGACGUCCUCAAGCGGUCGGUCAUCAGCUUCGUGAAGCGCCAUCUCGUACCCAUCAUGGGCAGCGAAGGCUGGGCGACAGCUGUUAGCAAUCACGCCGAAAUCGUCGUCGAGAUGAGCCGUUUGGUAGCAGAAGAGCCUGUUGGUUAAUGGCUGUUACACUUCAAUUCGCCAUUACAGAUUACUCUAUUUCUUGAAAAUCGUGCGGUUGAUCCUUCAGUCGUUUCCAGCGUGCAACGUCUUGCCUCUAAACAGUGUUGCUAGCUCAUUUAACCAUAGAUCUAAAUUUGAUCCCAACUAACAGGAAGCUACAUAUGUAUGUACGCAAGUAUCAGAUUGUCAUUGAAGUCAUCUAACUAUAGUAAAUGCUCCGUGCUCUUUUUUGUUACUGAUAGCUGCAAAAAGCAGACAUUUCAAGGAGGUCUUCUUUGGGCUUUUGAGUAGCCGCCUGCAGGUAAGCGCUAGGUACAGCAAAACAUCUAACGUUGUGGGAUUUAAAACAAAAGAACAUGGUCCUUGUAAGACAUCUAUAAUAUUGUACCCAUAAAAACUACUUAUUUUUAAGUAGCACAUUGUCUAUUCAGAACUGUAAACUGUGCGUGAGAUUAGCGAUAAGCUCGAGCAUUGUGUAGUUGAGAAAGAAGUUUCGAUUACAGUUCUUCUGAAAUAAACAUGCAGUUUUGUAGUGAGGGUUCUGCAUCGUAACUGAGUCGAGCAGUUCCUGGCCAGCUUAGUUAGAUAGUUACAUACGACAGAUUAACGAGUUCAUUGCCACCGUCUGGGUAAACAUUAAUACUGAACGACAGCUCCUCUUCCACCGAUUUGGAGCGGCUUCAGUUUGUUUAUUGUCACUUUAAGCUUCAGGGGCAGCACUUUGGAAGCGAGUUCUCGACGAGAAUUUUUUUUUUUUUUGCCAUUUUUAUGGAGCAAAGAUUUUUCCAGUUAUAUUGUAAUCUGCUUAUUUUUACUUUUUACUUUAUUCAUCAGCCAAUAGAUUCCCAAAAACACUUGUAGCUCUUGUAUAUUUCGUUUCUACUGACAACAAAGUGAAUUUUCCUUUGUUUACAUGCCAUUCAAAGUAGUCUGAUGUACAAUAAGUUCAUCUUUAUUUUGCAACAGAAUACAGUGUGUUGCUAAUGUGGCAUUGCUGGUUUAACCCCAAACUGAAAGAAACAUAAGCACUUAUGGUCUGACCAAAUUUGAGACCAGCCACAUAGAAUUUGGCCUUUUGAGUAGUUCACUCCUUGUGCUUUUCACUAUGCGCCUGUGGGUCAGCGCUAGGUGUGACAGAAUCACUCCACGCUGUAGAAUUUAAACAAAAUGGUCGUCGCAAGACGUAUCUAACAUUAUACACUUCAGAACAAGUUUUAUUUAAGUAAAGCAGUGCCUGUUCACUUUUGUAGGAGGUGCUUGAGAUUGACGAUAUUUUGGGCAUUUAAUGCAGAAAAAGAGCUUUUGACGAAAGUAUGCAGUAAUACUAUCUAGUGAGGGUUUUCUAACUCAGCGUGACCAAAAGCAGAUUCUGGCCUGCAAAUUUUGGCGAAACAACCUUCGCACACAGUCAUUAACGUAUGAAAUUGGAAUAUAUAACAAACAAUGGAAAAUCCAGGAUGGAAUGUAACAAUUGUUGAAUAUAUAACAAAAUUCAUUAUGAAUUGAUUGAGUUAUUAGUGGAAACAUUACUCACCUUCAGAGCAGUACCCUUCAAAGCGUCGUCUCUGAAUAUCCACCCAAAAACACUAGCAGUUCCUGCAUAGUUUGUUUCUAGCGCUACUUUCCUUUAUUACACAGUGUUGUAGGCAACCCAGCCUUAAGUAACACUUCGUGUUGCAACAGUAGACCGAUGUUAAUCUGGGGUUGGUUGCCAGUAAGAGGAAAGAAGGCGUUUUCUUCUUUCCAGUAAAUGCCAGCUGAAUAAUUUCUAUAAGAUCCCUUAUUAAUUUAUAUCCUCAUUGUUUUGCAUUCUUUUGAAGUUGCCCCUUACAUCUACUUACAUGCAAAGCUGCGUCAUCUCUAGCAUACAGGAUCCCCACUUUCAUUGAUCUUGAAAUCAGACAUUUAGAUUCGCAGUUAUAAUUUAAUAUUUUAAUUAGGUAGUUGGUUACAUAGAUUAUUAAAUAACCAGUGUUAAUGAUGGUUGGUUGAGGGCUGAAUUACUUCAAGAACUACAGCAAGUAGCCUCUUAUUUAUAUUUAGUUUUAUGCAAAGAUAGGUUUCAGAUUUUUAGCCAUCUUUAAGUUGCGUAAUACAUUUAGAUCUUCAUCAUCCACAUGCCGAAUGCUGUGUUGUGUCAUUGCAUCAGUGGAGCCACUUCUUACACAACAAAAGAAAAUGCAUCUGCCUAGUAAGUAAACACAAAUAGACAAUUAGUAAAGCCUGGAAUCUGAACAAAAUGCUGUUUUGCACAAGGCAGCCUGCAGAAUUCAAAAUGUAGCCAAGAAAAACUUCAUAGUGGUGAAAUCCUAAAUGUAUUAUGUAAUUUGCAGAUGAAUAAAAGUCCGAAA